ACGGUUCUUCCUAGUGGAGAAGAUGGGCAAAUCGCACCAUGACUUCAUACCGACCAGGUAACACCUCUGGUAGGGCAACUGAUGGUACCGCGCUCGUUUACACCUUCACCUUGCGAAAGCUUUUAAAUUGGGCACCGGACUCACAUAGCUCACCAAUUCGAUACUAGCACGCGUUCUUGUUGUUUCUAGUGAUGGUGCUGAUGAUGAACUACCUAACAUUGCUUGCAUGUCUGGCCGUGGCUGUGGAAGCAGGCAGCUAUGGAGGCCCUCAAACUAGUCUGGAAGACAUUGAGCGCGAUUACAACACUAACGAUAAGAUAUCCAACUACAACCCGCCUUCAAAGGGCGGCAAUGGUGCAGUAGCCUCCCCAUCAAAGUUCGGGUUUGUUCCCCACCGAACGGCCUCCUCCUACGCCGCCACUCGUCCCAAGUUCCAGUACACCCAAACCAACUACCAGGUGAAGAAGGCCGCGGCCAAACUGCCCAAGUAUCAGCAGCAGUACUACCAACAGGCGCCGCCCACCCUCACCUACCAGCAGGGGUACUCUGCGCCCCAACAGUACCUAUCGCAGCAGCAAGCGCUUGAGUACUCGUACGUGCAGCCCGACACUCAACAGUACCAGCAACAGUAUCAGCAACAGUAUCAGCAACCGUCCCAGGAGUAUCAGCAACUUUCUCAACAAUACCAGCAACCAACUCAGCAGUAUGAACAGUACGAAAAUGUCCAGUACGUAGCUGACAAUGGGCUGUCCCAGCCUGAGCAGAAGCAGGGCAUAGUUCAGCCGCAGUACUACUAUGUGCAACAGUACCAAGCGCCUAGUACUGCAGUUGAGUCUGUGGUGGAUCCCAAAGGAAGCGAGUACGUAUCUUUUGUGCCCAACUCGAUCCCCACCGAGCAGAAGUACGUUCAGCAGUACUCAGAAGAACCCCAGCAGCCACCAGCAAGCAAAUACACCACGAUCGCACCCAGCAAGAGCAAGCAUGCUCAGAAACAAGUGGAAUAUCGGGCGCCUACCAGAGGGCAGCAGGAGGGGCCGCUAUUCAAAAGAGAGCCGAAGAGUUUGCUCGACUCCUACGUGCCGUCUGUCGUGCAGCUGCGCUAUCUGAAGCAGCAGGGCAAGAGGUACUCAAAGUACUGAAGUGGAUGACAUGAAAAAUAGGGGCGUUCGUUGGCCAGUUCUCUAUAGGCGAAAAUCUACUGGGCAUUCGCCCCCCUAAUUGUUAUCUGAUCUGUACAUAUUAAAGAGCUAUUUAUUGUUGAA